CGCGUUGAAAUUGUUAAAUUUGGCAUAUAAUUGUAUUUAUUUCUAUUAUUCUAGGCCGCACCAAGCCAAUAAGCUUGUGAAUCCAUUUAAAUUUUAAUCCUAUUAUUUGCUAGGUCAACUCAUAAUGGAGAAGGCGACAUUAGAUCUUUGAAAGAAUCGAAACAGAGAAGACUUUUAGUUGAAAUUUUCACCUGACUUUUAAUAAAUAAAGUUGACCCAUGCGUAUAAAACGGUGUGAUCGAAAUUUCGAAAUUUGGGUUCUGUGACGUAGGUUGAAAUUCUUUUUAGAAAGUUUGCAUUGGAAAAAGGUAACAAAACCUAGUUGAAAAUUAAAAGUAAAAUCUAUUGUUUUGGAAUAUGAAUUUUGAGGAGUAUCGAAAGCAUGGGAAGGAGAUGGUCGAUUACAUCGCCGACUACCUUGAGAAUAUUCGAUCGCGGAGAGUUUUUCCAAUGGUAUCACCCGGAUAUCUGAGGACUAUGCUGCCAACCUCUGCACCCCUGGAAGGCGAAUCGUGGGAAAACAUAUUUGGCGAUGUGGAAAAAUGCAUUAUGCCUGGGGUCACACAUUGGCAGAGUCCACACAUGCAUGCCUAUUUUCCAGCUUUGAAUUCACCGGCUAGUUUAUUAGGAGAUAUGCUGGCUGAUGCUAUUAAUUGUUUGGGAUUCACAUGGGCUUCGAGUCCCGUGUGCACGGAAUUAGAAACCAUUGUGAUGAAUUGGUUGGGUAAGAUGAUCAAUCUUCCUGAGGAUUUUCUCCAACAUCCGGAAAGUUCUGGAGGGGGUGUUAUUCAAACAACGGCAAGUGAGGCAACAUUGGUUUGUCUCUUGGCAGCUCGAACAAAGAUCAUUAAAGAAAUCCAACAAGGUGAACCUCAUCUUUCACCAGCGGAAAUUAAUUCGAAACUUGUGGCUUAUUGUUCGGACCAGGCUCACUCCAGUGUUGAAAAAGCUGGACUCAUAGGCUUAGUACGCAUGAAGUAUAUUGACAGUGAUGAAAAACUUAGUAUGAGAGGACAGGAUCUUAUGGAGGCGUUGAAUAAAGAUCGAGAAGAAGGGCUUCUCCCUUUCUUUGUAUGUGCCACACUGGGUACAACGGGAGCAUGUUCCUUUGAUAAUCUUGAAGAAAUUGGUCCAGUUUGUAAAAAUAAUGGAGUGUGGUUACAUAUUGAUGCAGCAUACGCUGGUAGUGCUUUUGUGUGUCCCGAGUUUAGAAUUUGGUUGAAAGGAGUAGAAUAUGCAGACUCGUUUGCAUUUAAUCCGAGUAAAUGGUUGAUGGUACACUUUGACUGUACAGCCAUGUGGGUAAAGAGUAGUCAAGCUCUUCACAGGACAUUUAAUGUUGAUCCUCUAUAUUUAAAGCAUGAAAAUUCAGGUCUUGCCAUCGACUACAUGCAUUGGCAAAUACCACUGUCAAAAAGAUUUAGAGCUUUAAAGCUUUGGUUUGUAAUUCGAAAUUACGGAAUCAAUGGAUUACAGAAGCACAUACGAGAGGGAGUUAGAUUGGCGCAAAUUUUUGAAGGUUUAGUGAUGAUUGAUUCUCGAUUUGAAAUUCCUGCUGAAAGGCAUUUAGGAAUGGUCAUUUUUCGACUUUGUGGUGAAAAUAUUUGGACCGAGCGUUUGCUUAGAAAGAUAAAUUCAAAGGGUCAUAUUCAUUGCGUACCAGCUGCUCUUCAUGGCAAAUAUGUUAUAAGAUUUACCGUAACAUCUGCAAACACAACUAAUGAAGAUAUUUAUAGAGAUUGGGAGGAAAUUAAAAGCAACGCAGAUGAAGUAUUAAAUGAAGUCUCUAAAACCCCUCUAAAUGAAUCACUUGAAAGGAAUGAAGAUUUUGGUUCUAGUCUCUUAUUAGCAAAUUCACCAAUGUUUCCAAAAAUUGUAGACGGCAGUUUUGCUGCAAUAUUCAAUGAAUCAGAUAUUUUUAAUGAUUGCAGUACAAAUUUUGGAAAAAUAAAAUUUGAGGAUUAUGAAAAUGAUGCAAUGCGUCGACGAAUUCGUGGAAUGUUAAUGUCUGCUAAACGAUUUUCACUCGAUUCACGAAUGGAUCUUGUUCAUGGAUACACAUCCUUUUUUAAACCCAGUACAAAUCUUGCUUUGAUGAAAGAAGAUGAAGACAGCAGUAGUGAUAAAAAAAUUACUUAUUAAUAAAUUUUAUUUUAUUUAAAGUCAAAAAUUGUAACUAAACGUUAAAUAAAUUGUUAUAAAUUAUAAAAGAAUAAAAAGAGUAU